UCCACUGCCGCUUCGGCGUCGUCGUUUGCGCGAGGGCUGCUGGGGGCUGUAGUGCGGGGCGCGCGUUCGUGCGCAGGCGCAGUCGGCCAGCCUGGCCGAGAGGGCGGCGAUGGCGACGUCGGCCUCGGCGGGCGGCCCGGGACUCGGGGCGGCGGCGGCCCAGCUCGACAUCAACCGGGCCGGCGCGGCGGAGCUGGAGCGGGGCUUGGUGGGCAUCGGCCGCCGCCGGGCGCGGGGCAUCGUACGCAAGAGGGAGGAGCUGAAGGGCUUCGCCUCGCUGGAGGACCUGCUGCGCGUCAAGGGCAUCACCGCCCGCACCCUGGAGCUCAACCGCCCGCGCCUGGCCUGCUGCGCCCCGACGGCGCCCGCCCAGGGGCGGCCGGCGCAGCAGCGCCCGCGGGCGGGCGAGGUCCCCGGGCGAGGGGCCCGGGCGGGCGGCGGCUCGAGCGCCUCGCGGGGGGCGGCGGCGGAGUCCGAGGCCGAGCCCAGUGCCAGCAGCGAGGAGGAGGAGGAGGAGGACGGGGCCGCGGGCGCCGGCGGGGAUCUCUACUUCUACUACACGGUGGACGAGCGCUGGAUCGACUACCUGGAGCGCACCGAGGGGGGCGGCCUGGUGCGCCAUGCCCGGCCCAAGAUGAAGCGGAAGUCUGAAAGCGGUCUGGACGGCAGAGCUCAGUCUCCUGGAAAGAAGCUAUGCAAGGGUCCGGAGCGCGGCAGGGUGCUAGGCCCGUGUGUUGCAAGCCCUACGGCGACCUUUGGUGACCUGCGGAAUGCCAAGGCAGGUCAGGCCCGCUGCCGACAUGUCCCCCCCAUGACCCCACCCCCUGAGCUCCAGGACUGGCUGCGUACUUUCCAGCGCUGGAGCGGUCCUGAGAAGUUACUGGCCCUCGAUGAGCUCAUUGACCGUUGCGAGCCCCCCCAGAUCAAACACAUGAUGCAGGUGAUCGAGCCCCAGUUCCAGCGCGACUUCAUCUCACUUUUGCCCAAAGAGCUGGCUCUCUACGUGCUCUCUUUCCUGGAGCCCCGUGAUCUGCUUCGUGCUGCCCAGACGUGCCGCUACUGGCGCAUUUUGGCAGAGGACAACCUGCUGUGGCGGGAGAAGUGCCGUGACGUAGGCAUUGAAGAGCCAUUGAGUCUGCGCAAGCGUCGAUUACUCAGUCCAGGUUUCAUGUACAGCCCCUGGAAACUGGCCUUUCUCAGGCAGCACCGGAUUGACAUGAACUGGCGCAGCGGGGAUGCCCGGCCUCCCAAGGUCCUGAAGGGGCACGAUGAUCACGUCAUCACCUGCCUGCAGUUCUGUGGCAAUCGCAUCGUCAGCGGCUCCGAUGACAACACGCUCAAGGUCUGGUCAGCUGUCACAGGGGAGUGUGUGCAGACUCUCGUGGGACACACCGGCGGGGUCUGGUCGUCUCAGAUGAGGGACAACAUCGUGAUCAGUGGCUCCACCGACCGGACCUUGAAGGUGUGGAAUGCGGACACCGGGGAGUGUGUCCACACCCUCUAUGGACACACGUCCACUGUGCGCUGCAUGCACCUGCACGGCACCAGGGUAGUGAGUGGAUCGCGGGAUGCCACCCUCCGCUUGUGGGACAUUGAGACGGGCCAGUGCCUGCACGUGCUCAUGGGCCACGUGGCUGCCGUGCGCUGUGUCCAGUACGAUGGGCAUAAGGUGGUGAGCGGCGCCUACGACUACACAGUGAAGGUCUGGGACCCGGAGACAGAGAGCUGCAUCCAUACCUUGCAAGGCCACACCAAUCGCGUCUACUCCCUGCAGUUUGAUGGAAUCCACAUCGUCAGCGGCUCUCUGGACACUUCCAUUCGGGUGUGGGAUGCAGAGAGCGGCAACUGCCUGCACACGCUGAUGGGGCACCAGUCCCUCACAAGCGGCAUGGAGCUACGGGACAAUAUCUUGGUCUCCGGCAAUGCGGAUUCUACUGUGAAAAUCUGGGACAUCAAGACAGGCCAGUGCCUGCAGACGCUGCAAGGUCCCAGUAAGCACCAGAGCGCAGUGACCUGCCUGCAGUUCAGUUCAAAGUUUGUGGUGACCAGCUCAGAUGACGGCACAGUCAAGCUGUGGGACCUGAAGACGGGGGAGUUUGUGCGCAACUUGGUGGCCCUGGAGAGUGGAGGCAGUGGGGGGGUUGUCUGGCGCAUUCGGGCCUCCAACACCAAGCUGGUGUGUGCGGUGGGAAGCCGCAACGGGACAGAGGAGACGAAGCUGCUGGUGCUGGAUUUUGACGUGGCUCUGAAAUGAGGCAGCAGGGGGGCUGCUUCGGGGGAGGGG